UUGAGAUAUUUACAUGCACCCGUCAUUGUCUCAAUAUACAGAAAUAUUCUUCCGAUACCAUUCGGAGAAGUAUGGAAAUGUGAAUCUAGUUUUCUUGUAGAUACAGCCGAUUCAAGUUCAAUAAAUCGGAAAUCUGGUUCAACGAGGGAUACGUUUUGGGCCGAUCUAUUCAGUUCAACUUUUCUUUCUCCAAAUGGAUUGCACUUCAUUGACAGUGCAUCCUCUGAUGAUCUUCUAUUUUUCGUAGGACAGUCUAAAUUUAGAUAUUCAAAGCCCUGUGUGCACGUUUUUCGCCGAGGCAGCCCCAAUAUUCCGCCCUAUAAGGAUAUUCCUGUCAACUGGGAAAAUACAGUCUAUCUAAAUCUUAUAGUUCAAUGCUUUAUUUAUAUUGUCACCUUGGGCAUAUGCACUCGCUCUGGUGCGCAGGAAGUAGAGAUAUUGAAGAAAAAAUCACAGGUUUUUACGGACUGCGUUCUCCGUGAUAGCGAAUGUCUGUGUGUCGAGCUGACAGCAUACGACCGACGUGGUGCUCUUCAAGGCGUACUAUUCGAAGGGAUUGUGCGCUAUUCCACUCUGAAGAAUGCACACGACAUCCAAGUGAAUAGUCAGAAUAAUUGGUCUUUCGCCUCAGCAAAAGCAUCGGCUGCUGGUACCGGUUCGUCCUCAAAGGCAUUCCUUCGAAUGCUGGCCAAUAGGAGUGAGGGUAUCGCUGAGGUAGUGGUUCAUCAGACGGAAUAUCCACAUCACGACUAUCAAAAAGAUGCUAAUAAUUGUUUUUACCGACUGUCUACCUCAUCCAACGCUUUCGAUGAGGCAACCGAGAACAUCUCUCCCGAGAAGACCAGGAGCUCGCGACCGCAACGCAAACGCCCUGUCUUUGCUCAUCGGUCUGCCACGACAAGUCCACUGCGCUCUGACUCUUAUCUACGAGGACGACGUCCCCGACCAUCUCCAAGCAAGACCGCCCUCGAGUGCACCUCAAAUUCUAAUUUGGGCCAAUCACAGAUCAGCCAACUUGUCGCUGGCGCGGUCACCAAUCGUCGAAAACGUCCUUUUCAUACUAGAUUACAACAGCUUAGCCACUUCCGGAAAGCAAGGUCAGACAGUGAUAAUCUGAAUAACUCGCCCGAGCGUUUUCGACCAACUAAGAACUGCAUCGAAGUCGAGUCUAGCACCUUUGAAGAUGGCAACUAUCCUGUUGAUGGUUAUUAUAAGACUACACGAUUAUGUGUGCCUUUUCUUCUCUAUACAGAAUUCGACGACUUUCCGCUUGCUCCUGUGCCAUGCACUGAGACCAACGCUGACGCAAUCGUAGAGAGACAGGCGACAUUUGGCCAAGCUUGGCAGUGGUUUAAAGAGCGACGGAGAGUUGCAUCUCUGCCCAUCAAAACUGCGGUCACUUAUGUGAGCCUUCCGUGGUAUCUCAUUACUUCAGGUACAAGUCGAUUAUAUCAGGUCGAGUAUGCUAUUGAAGCUGUCGGUCAUGCCCCAACUUGUCUUGGUAUUGUUGCUAAAGAUGGAAUCAUCCUUGCUGGCGAGAAGCGUUUUAUCAACAAGCUUUUGGAUGAAUCAGCUUUUUCUGAAAAGAUUUUCAGAAUCAAUGAUGACAUUGCUUGUGCUGUCGCCGGAAUCACGGCUGAUGCUACUGUCUUAAUUAAUGAAAUGAGACUUAUCGCUCAAAGGUAUCUUCUUGCCUAUCAAGAGCCAAUACCGGUAGAACAGUUGGUAAGCCACAUAUGUGAUCUUCAACAUGGUUAUACAAUGUACGGUGGUCGGCGACCAUUUGGUGUAUCGAUGCUUUUCAUGGGUUGGGAUAAACACUACGGCUAUCAGCUUUAUCAGAAUGACCCGUCGGGUAACUUUUUGGGUUGGAAGGCUGCUUGCAUUGGAUCUAACUCAUCUGCCGCUUCUUCGAUCCUCGAGUCAGAUUAUAACGCUGAGUGCUCCGUGGAGGACGCAGUAAAGCUUUGUAUCAAAGUGCUCUACAAGACAAUGACUAUGUCUAAAUUGACUUCAGAUAAGGUUGAAGUUGGCAUCUUGCAAAGAAAGGAUGACAAAACCUACGUCAGGAUUAUUCCUCAAAGUGAGGUGGACCUUCUUAUUAAGGAAGCCGAAGCCACAUAUCCGAAGGGAUCAGAUUCAUUCGCAAAGGGUUCUGAAAAGACGUGA